GCGGGCAGGGCCGCUCGCAGCUGCUGUCAUGGCGCUCGCUUCGCUGCAGCCUCUGGAAACGCUGAAAUAUGCCGAGCUCCAGCGCAUCGCCAAGGCCGCCGGGCUGCGGGCCAACCUUCGGGCAGACAAAUUGUUGGAAUCAUUGAAGCAACACUUUGAAAGGACAAAAGAAGAAAGUGAAAAUAUGGGUCCUUUAGAGAGUGUAUCUGCUUCCAUUAAAUUGGAUGAAUUGAGCAAUCAGGAGGAAAUUAUGUCUGAUUCUACGUGUUUUAUUACAAAAAGAGGUGGUAAAGAUAAGAAAAUAAUCGGAAAAAAGAGGAACUCCCAUGAGGAAACUAAUACCAGUGAAGAAAACCCAGUGCUUUCUGAUGAGAAACAGGUGCAUUCUGAAAUGAAAGAAAAUGAAGUGCCUCAGGGUGAGCACAAAAAGGGACAGAACCAAGAAAACCAAAUAACUGAAGAGAGAGCUAUUGAGAAUCCAGGGAUAGGUACUGGACAGAAGAAACAAGCAAAGAAGACUUCUACUGAAGGCAGGGGAGAACAACGUAAUGCUCCUCCUGCAGGAGGAGGGAAGAUCCCUUUGCUUGCAAGCCGUGCAUCUAGGUCGACAAGAACAGGAAUGACAACUACUACACCAAACUUUAAAAAGUUGCACGAGGCUCAGUUCAAGAAAAUGGAAUCUAUUGCUGACUACGUUGAGAGGAAAAAAAAACUGAAUGAAAGUUGCAGCACAGUCAAGAAACAAGCCAGUGGCAAAAGAUUUUUAUUCAGCCCAAAUCCAGAAAGAGGCAGAUUCUCCAACACUACCACUCCUUGUAGCCUCCGGCGCUCACCACGCAAUUCUCUGAAUGCUGCUAAUCGGAGUAUUUUAUCCCAGAAAUCUUCAUUUCAUCCUUCUGUACUUUCAACAUCCAAAAUGAAUGUCAGGUUCUCGGAAGCCACGAAAGACAAUGAGCACAAACGCUCCCUUACCAAGACUCCAUCUAGAAUGUCUCCAUUCAUGGAGAUCUGCACACCUGACACUCAAAAGAGCCGCAAACUAAGAAGUCAGAAGAACAGUAAGGGAAAUGCAAGAAAUAAUGAUCUGACUGCAUCAAAGGGUAAAGUGGAUGCUCUUACCCCCUUCAAAUUUGGAGCUCAAUCUGCGGAACCCACGAGUGGAAAGAAGACAUUUGAUCUCAAAGCAAGUCUCUCUCGGCCCCUUCGGUAUCAGCCACACAAAGGACGACUAAAACCGUGGGGAGAAUUUAAAGAAAAUGCUGUUCUCAGUAGGUCUGGUGGCACCAAUAUCUGUUCACAUAAGAAAAAUUACAAACAGCCACAUCUCCAGACAAGGGAAGAAAGGCGUGAGUCACUUGAGCAGGACAGAAAGAAGAAAAGGGCCCGGGCUCUGGGAAAACGUAGAGGCCUGUCUGCAUGUUAGGAUGAAUAAGAUGUAUCUAAGACAUCACUGUAAAUAUUGUUCCUGUUGUGUAAAGGCUUGUGCUGUCUGUAUGGUUCAGGUUGCUUUUAGCUAGUGGAAUCUAGAGAGCAUUUAAUGAGACCUUUCAAUGUGCUCUGAGCAUUAUGUUUCUGUGAUCAACUUCUCCACUGAGAUGAGAGUUCUAAACUUUCAGGGGCUUAGAACUCUCUUGUUGCUUCAUAAUGUUUUCAUUUAACUAAUUCACUUGACUAAAAGAUGUUGAAGAAGAAAAUGUAAGUGAAAAAAAGAUGUUCAAAAAGCCUCCUUACAGCUUAGUAUAGACUUGUGCAUCGGAAUGCACCUGUUGUGUGCUAAAAUGCAGGCUUUGGAUAGCAAGCUUCAAAAUGUUCCACAGUCUUCAAAAUGACAAGAGUUGGAAGUACCUGCCUGCCCUGUUCUCCAGAUCAAACCUUAUAUUCUCUAUGAUACAGCAAUUAUUCAGCAUUUCUAACUGCAUGCUUAUGAAAUAGUAGAGAAUUUCAAAGAGAAUAUGCAAACUCUCUGGCAAACUAAUGUCUAACAUAAUAACAAAUCACCUUUUUGAAACAAGUCACAACUGAAUUUACAAAUUACCAACUGAAUGCUCUGAACAGUUAAGGUUUUGUUCCUUUCUAUGCUAAGUAGAUGUUAAAAUUCUUACUUUUCAUCUCCAAGAUGCUUAAAAGAGGUUAUAAUUGUGUUGAUGUACAUUCAAUGCCUUGGUUUUAAAAGCAGUUAUUUUUACAUUCAAAAAAAUACAUAGAAAAGUUGUCUGCAUUUGUUAGGGACAGAAGUAGAAAGGCAAUUUAGCAGUUGUAAUCUCAGCUGUUGAGAAACUGUUUCAC